UCUAUCCCGGAGCAUAAGCCGUGCCGCCUCAGAUAAAAGUCAGAAGAGAGUGUAAGAAACACCAAAGCUAAAGCUUGGAAAUAGGUAACAGAAGAAAGAAAGGACCUAACAAAUCCAAACAUGACCACAAGAAACAAAAUUUCUGACUGCACCUAUAUCAAUUUUGACAAGCAACAGAACCACUUUUGCGAGUGAUAAACAUGCAUUAAAAAUGAAAAGUUCGAAAAGGGGUUUGUGUAGCUAGGAUGAGGUAUAGUGUUAUACUUUCUGAAACAAAAUUUCCCUCAGCUAUAAAUACCUCAUCCUAGGACAUCCCCAUUUCACCACUACAUGAUUGACAUCUCUUGUAGAGCUUGUCCAGUUAGUUUGAGUUCAAGGACGCUGAUGGCUUCAGCUUUGAUGAACCAUUGGGUUGUUGGUCGUUCAUCUCAUUGUGGAUAUGCAAGCAACCGAUCUGAUGGUUGCUUCAAGAUAUUAACUCGGAACUACAAUGGGAUCAAGGGGAAGCAAUUCUUGCCCACCGAAAAGGUUGCCUCAACUGGUUGGCAGAUCACUAGAGCUGUACCAAAAGAUCCCAAAAAGGGUAUUCGCACAAAGUGGUGGGAGAAGGACAUGAAGGACAACAUGAAGAAUAUCAAAUCACAAGAAGAUUUUGAUAAACAGCUAUUAAUGGCUGGAGAUAAGUUCACAGUGGUGCACUUCUUUUCACCUAGCUGUGGAGCUUGCAAGGGCAUACACUCAAAGGUACAUCAAUUUGCCAGGAUGUAUCCAGGACUGCAAUUUCUCAUGGUUAAUUAUAAUGAACAGACAGAGAUCUGUAAGAGGCUCAAUGUCUAUGUCUUGCCAUUGUUCCGCUUUUACAGAGGUGCUGAAGGUCGUAUCUGUAGUUUCAGCUGCACAAUUUCAACUAUUCACAAGUUCAAAGAUGCUCUGAAAAGGCAUGGGGUUGAGACUGAGAGUCUUGCAACAGAAAAGGGCUUGGAAGAAUCUGAACCCAAGAGCUUUGCCCCACCUUCUGAUAUUCCAAAUACAAGUGAUCCUUCGCUGAACAUGGAUGGAGAUGACGGUCGGGUUGAACCGAGCAAUGAAUAAAUCAAUUUGCUGGAGACUGCCGAGUUCGAUAGUUUUUAUAUAUGCAUAUAGAAGCUUUGUAAUUUAAAAAUUAGACCCAUAUGCUCUUGAAGCGGCCCUUUGUUUUAAAAUUUUGAGGGCUAAUAAACAUUAAAUGUAUAUCUAGUUCUGUAACACUAAAGCAUUAAAAGCUUCUUUGUAUUUCAUUUCCUUGUAAAUGGUGUAGUGUGCAGUAAAUCCUUCCCUUCAUGGCUUCA